AUGGAGGAAAAGGACAAGAAGGUCAACUUGGUGUUCCGCAUCAAGCCGGACGUGGAAGAGCACGAGAAUAAGUACGCAAGGCAACUCCAGGCUGACUACGAGUCUAGGCUCUGGAAGAUGGAAGACUUUGCAAAGCAGUUCAUUGCCCUCCCCUCCGGCGUGUGGAACAAGAUCGAUGCGAACUGA